UGCGUCGAUUCUUGGUCAAUCAUGUCCAACCUGCUGCAUGCAUGCUGCUGGAGGUAGUGAGCGGAAAGUAAUCUAAGCUGUCAACUGCAUGUCUGACGCGGUUAACUUUUUAGGACUUCCGGCCACACAAAGACCUUGAACUCGCCAGCAGUAUAGAGUCUGUUGUUCCUGGAGGCAUUUAAUUUCCAGUCCGUAGCUCAAAAGUUUCGCUAGAUACCCAGCUAGACAUAAGCUAACGUUGCUAGCAGGCUAACGUUAGUUGUGAAAUUUCCAAGAUGGCGCCCUUCAGAUGAACGCAGGACGUUUCAAAAGAGGUCGUAGCCUCAGCCCGUCUGUGACGGAGAGCUAAGCCGAGUCCUCGCCUCUGUCCAACCGCCGCCACCAUGGCCAAGGAGCAGACCAGUGUGUUCGACCUGCUUCCUCUUCUGGAGUCCACGGACCUCCAGCAGCUGCAGCAGACCAGACAGCUGGUGGAGGACCACCUCAGGGCAGAAAAGGGCUCAGUGCUGCUGAACGGUCUGGUGGAUUAUUACCUGGAGUCUAGCUCAUCUCAGGCUCUGCUGAUUCUCACUGCAGUGGGCGAGCCACAGCACAAGCCGCUCCUGGAGAAGCUGAAUGACUGCCUGGGCCGUCAGACGUGCCGGCUGGCCUCCCUCACCCUGCUGGCCCACGUCAUCCGGCGGCAGCCGCCCUGGAUCCACACCAUCCCCCGCUUCCCCCUCUUCCCCACCCUGCUCAAGUGCCUCAAGACGGAUUCGGACACGGUGGUGCUGAUAACGGGAGUUCUGGUGGUGACCACGCUACUUCCCAUGAUCCCACAGCCCAGUCGCCACCUCCUGGACGAGCUGUUUGAUGUCUUCGGACGCCUGGCACGGUGGACUCACAGGAGUUCAGGGAGCAGUCCUAGUGUUCUGUCCAUUCACCUGCACGCCGGCAUCUACUCCCUCUUCCACCGUCUGUAUGGCAUGUACCCCUGCAACUUCGUCUCCUACCUGCGCGUCCACUACAGCAUGAAGGAGAACGUGGACACCUUUGAGGAGGUCGUCAAGCCCAUGUUGGAACAUGUGCGGAUUCAUCCGGAGUUGGUCACUGGAACCAAAGAUACUGAGCUGGACCCCACCAGAUGGCGGAGUUUUGAGACCCAUGACAUAGUGGUGGAAUGUGCCAAGGUGUCCCUGGACCCCAAGGAGGCGUCGUGGGAAGAGGGCUUCUCCAACAUGCCCGAUGUCUUACCAGUCCACCUGAGCUCCCGAGCCCUUGAAGGGCCUCCCCUGGACCACAGUGCCUACGGUAGCCCCUGCGUACCUGUGCGGCCUCCAGGUGUGACCCCCCCCAGGCUGGGCCCAGCUCCCUCCUACACCAGCACCCCCCUCACUGCCAUCCAGCAGAGUUCUGCUGUUGCCAUGGGAACUCAGGACUCAGGCUGGAGCCCUGCCUUGCACUGUGGGAUGACCACGCCCCCCAGGGGAGCGUCCCCCACCAAUCACGUGCCCCAGAGCACCUCCAACCUCUCAGGAAGAGUGUCAAGCACAUCAGUGGACGGAAAGCUGACCCCGCUCACUACCCCCGUGACUGGCCCUCUCUCUCCUCACCCUCCUCAGCCACAUGAAGCUGAGCUCAGAAACCAGCCUGCCAGCAUGGCUCAAUGUCCACAGGAUGAUGCAGUGAUUGACAGCUGUCAAUCAUCUGUCUUGCAAAAUAAUAUGCGAGAACCCAGUGCCUCAGAGAAUUUGACCUGCUCGAGUGGUGCUGGUGAGCAGGAGAAGUCCCUCACUCUGCCUGAGGUGUGUGCCUUUGUUAGGGAUCAGGAGGAGGAGGAGGGUCCGAGAGAGGAAGACGCUAUGACUGAGGAGUUGCUGAGCCUUACGGACAGUGAUGCCAGCAGCACCUUACACAGACGGGACACCAUGUUCUCCCACAAACGGCCAUCCAAGGCUCGGGUCAAACCCAACUCCACCGAGCCCGUGUGCGUCGGCGCCGACACCCCAAACUCGCUGUCCACACCAGAGCGACCCGACUCUGGUGCGGCUUACGAAGGCCAGCGUCCCCCGUGGUCCACCUGGCCCUGCUUCACCCCUUCAGAGAGCUCCUGGUGCGACGAGGCUACCCAGCAUGCACCUCUGCCGUACGAGCCCCUGUUUGACCUGGCGCUGCCCAAAGCGGCCGAGCUGUUCGUGGAGCGGCGGACGGGGGAGGCCCGGAGGCGGGGGGGCGUGGCCAACAACAGCGCAGGAGACGAGCAGGCGAUGGGGUCCGCAGUGGCCAACUCUCCGCUGGAGAUGCUGGACCUGCUCAUCCAGCAGGGAAGCGCCAACCACGACCGCAAGCUCAGGAGAUUGUCGAUGCCGAGCAGGCCAGCUGAAGGUCCGGCCCCUGGGAAACAGCAGCAACAUCAGCAGCAGCAUCAGCAGCAGAGUGUUAAAAGCAAAGACGUGGAGGAGUUGCAGCACCUGCGCAGUCAGGUGCAGUUGCUGCACACGCAGCUGCAGUUUGAGCGCCACAAGAGGGAACAGCACGCCAUCCGCAAUCGACGCCUGCUGAGACGCGUCAUCAACGCCACGGCGCUGCAGGAACAGAACGUCUCCAUGAAGGAGCAGCUGCAGCUGCAGGAUGUGGAGCUGCAGGGUUUGCGCGGGAGCCUCCAACAGGAGCAGCAGCACCUCCUCCAUCUGCAGGAGGAGACGCAGACCUCCGUCACACAGCUGCAGGAGCAACUCGCCCAGCUGCACAGAGAGUGCAGCCAGUACGCCUCCACCAUGCAGGAGCUGCAGGGUGAACUGGAGGAGCGGGAGGAGCACACAGCCCACCUGGAGGCGGAGUUACAGACCGCCAGAAAGAACCUGACCAACAUGGAGCUGUUACUGAGCCAGCUGUCCCUCAAGCUGGACUGCUCGGAGCGGCUGGAGGAGCAGGUGUCCUUCCUGAGCCAGCAGCUCCUCCUCCUGGGGGAGAACCACCAGCUCUGCCUGCACAAGCUGGACCGACUGGGGCCCAGCGCCACCAAGGAGAUGAGAAUGCUGCAGUCCUCAUGGAGGAAGGAGUGUGACCGGGCACGAGUGACCUCUGUGCAGCAGGGUCAAAGGUUAGAUGGGGCAGUGCAGCGUGUCUCAGACCUGGAAGCCGCACUCAGCAGGAAGGAACAGCUCAUCUUGCAGCAGAAGAAGCUUCUGGAAGACGUCAAAUUACAGUCCAGAGAGCAGCUGCGUGCUUCAGAGGGACGCUAUCAGGCCCAGAAGCAGGUGACUCAGGCGCUGGAGGCGGAGCUACUGAAGAUUUACAGCCAACUGGAAAUGGAGAGGCCGACCAAUCACAACCGAGACCACGCCUCCAACCACCUUACAGGCCCUACCCAGGCGGAUGCACAUAGCCCCACUAAGACGAGGGCGAAUGGAUGUGGGGGGGGCGCCAUAGACACCCCCCUGCGGUCCGAGCGGCCGAGAGGCGUCCAGGAUGUGGCGGCGUCCCCCCUCCUCUCGGCCUCCCCCCCCUCCUGCAGCCUGUUGGGCCGGCGCGCCCGGCAACUCUCCCGCAACAUGAGCGACGGUCUCUAUGACGACGAGGACGAGGCCCUGCUGGAGAGCAGCCAAUCAAACACCAGCUCAGGGUGUCACUGCGGUGAGGCCUCACCCACUUCCUCUGGAGCGCAGGCUGAGGCUCAGUCAUGUGACCACUGUGAGUCAUGUGAUCAGCAGCCAGCCAAUGAGGGCACCAGGAGACUUCAGGAUCUACACAUCAUGGAUUACAAUGAGCUGCCCGACUUGAGCUAAGAGCUCUAUGUGUUUGUGUCUGUGAGAGAGCGCAAGAUGCCAAAGUGUGUGUGUGUAUGUGUGUGUGUGUGUGUGAUCUGCUGUUUUUCCUCUGUCUCAGGAAUCAGAAGGGAAAGAGUCAAGAGGCCUUACCAGCCCUUUAUCAGGCUGCGUUUAACAGCCGCUACUGUAAGAACACGGCCACCAUGCCCUGUCAUAUGACCCCACCACCAUGCCCACAGUCACAUGACCCCAGUGAUGGACGAUCUGUCUGCUCAUUUAGUAGUUAGGCGUUUAGCAGCUUGCUGUGAGGAAAAGUGAAUUUGGGGAUUUAUAAUCUGCAGGUUUUACUAAGUAGUUGUUUUGCUGUAUUUUUAUCCACUCCGUAGUGAUUGUAAGACCAAAAAAAAAAAAAAAAAAAAAAAAAAACAAUAACGGCAACAAAAAAAAAAACAAAACAGAUAAAUCAAAAAAGAUGUAAGUAAAUGAAGAAUGCCUGUAUGGGAGUAACAGGGCCAUAUUGUGGAGCAACAGGGACUAUUUAGCCGAAUAAAACGAAAUGUCUAUUCUUAGAUGAGCUGUAACCAGCCUGUCUGUGGGUUAGUCAGCUGUGUGAUGGGAAACACUACGUCUGAGAGGAUUUGCAAUCAGGUCAGAGAAAUGAGGUAGGAAAUGUCCACUGUUGCCAGGGAUACACAGGGAAACCAUAAGCUGUCCGUCUCACACAAUAGAGACUGGGAAAUUGCUCACAAUAUUUGUUCUGCUGGUGUCCUGCUCCAAAUAGCAGUUUGUGGAAACGCUUCUGCCUGGAAUGUGUCAGGUUUAGACCCAGAGCUAGUCCAUUGUUAGCUGCAGAUGGGGGUUUGUCGCUUGUGAAAAAGUGCAAUACUCGUGUGGACGCGCUCGUGCGUGGUUUGGAGCGACUGCUCCUGAUUUAAGUGCUCAGUGGUUUUUUUUCUCUUUCUUUCAAAGCUUAAUCCAAACACUGGCUCUCGUGUGUCACUGUGUACAAUGACAGCUGUGUGGUCCGUGAGCCAAGCGGUCAGUCGCUUUACACCAAGUGUUCAUGUGCUGCUCUUCAGCACAGCCAAACAUGAAUUAUUUCACACUGUAUAUGUAUUCUGAUUAGUGAUGGACACUAAACGAAACAAUAAAAACUAUUCCAUAAAUAUA